CCUCGGUACCGUCGCCGGCGCCACGUUAUCACCGCAUGGCCGGUGCCGCCAGGCCUCUCCUCUCCCGCCUACUCACCCCCAAUCACAUUGCCAUGGCCGCCGGCCACUCCCCAUCGCCGACUCGGCGCCUUGCCCACCUCACACGCCACCUCCUCGCCCCCUCCUCUUCUUCCGGCGAGCUAUCCUCCGUGGGCGCCCCUGCCGCCGCCGCCCCCGUCCGCGCGACCGCUUCCAAGGGCUUCGCCGCCGUGCUGGUCUGCAUCUUCCAGGAUCCCCGCGGCGACACCCGCGUCCUCCUCACCAAGCGCGCAUCCUCCCUCAACUCCCACUCAGGGGAGGUGUCGUUGCCGGGAGGGAAGGUGGAGGAUGGGGAUGCGGAUGUGAAGACCACGGCUCUACGAGAGGCAGAGGAGGAGAUUGGGCUGGACCCGGCUCUUGUAUCUGUUGUCACAGUUCUUGAGCCCUUCUUGUCCAAGAAUGGUCUUGAUGUUACUCCUGUAAUUGGCAUUCUCUCGGAUAGAUCUUUAUUCAAUCCUGUCUUGAAUAAAGAUGAAGUGGAAGACAUCUUUGACGCCCCUCUGGAGAUGUUCCUGAAGGAUGAUAACCGGACAACACGACAAAGGGAUUGGAUGGGAAUGACUAUCCCGGUCCAGUUUUUUCACUACGAGACAGAGGGCAAAAAAUAUGUCAUCUGGGGCCUAACUGCACACAUUUUGACCCGGGCAGCAGCAGUAGUUCUGCAGAGGCAACCAUCGUUCGCUGAACUUCCGAGACCCAAAAGUGCUCCUCUAGGCAGUAAGCACUAAUGAACUGAAACCAUCAUUCUAUACCGGUAUCAGGAGUAUUAAACUGAAUAGUUAGUGUGUUUCUGUAGAGAUGUAAAGUGCAUAUCGUGUAUAGGCUAUAGCAUAAAACAUAAUAUCCUGGAACAUUUGGUGAUCUCAUUAUUUGAGUUGAGAACGCUUGCGUUCUGUUAAAGAAUGUUCUUUGUGGCCAUUUAUUUGAAGCUUGGACAUUAAGGCCAUUGUAAAUACUCCUAUGGAGCAGCUUAUACUGCAUUUGAACUA